AGAAGUUCUACUGUAGAACGUAGAAGAAGAAGAACAGGAUGUUCUACGUCUCUGCAACACAUCGCUGGAGCUAGGGAUGCCAGACUCACGAAGGCGUCUGGUGCCAACGCCAUCGGAGCAGUUCGAAGUGAGAAAUCCUGCAAGGCAAAUCCCUUAUACUGCGCUUUUGACCAUUGCUGUCCUAUGGGGAACAGUCAUCUUUGCUCCGGUCGCGUACUUCUGGUUGGGUCUCUACCUUCACGGGGCUACCGAUGAACCACGGGAAGUAACAACGGCGGACAUCUGGAGUGUAUAUAUGGGCAUCGAAAAUACAGAAGCGUCCCACCCAAGUGACAGUGGAGGAAUUACACAAGCUGUAAACAAGACAUCUUCCAUCGGAACCAAUACGAAGGCCUCCAGUCAGCCGUCAAGUCCGUCAACAGAGUCACCCACUCAGUCUAGGCGAUUUUCCGCAAAGCUCAAGGCUACGCCUGCACGGACAAUUCCUCCCACCGUUCGUGUACGAACAGUCCCUGGUACCACUCCGACGUCAACCAGCAGGAGGAGGAUCAGAACACUUUCUUCAAAGCACGCGACGAUACGAACCUUUAGAACUCGCCGCACUGUCCACACGUCAACGGGAAGACGGAGACGGAGCACUCGGAGUACUCGGAGCACGACCCCGUCAAUUGAAGAGUUACCCACGUACACGGGUGAUUUCGACAUUGAGGAACCCGAUUUUAUGGUGAGGAGCUAUCCCAUCCCUGUGAAGCAAGCAGGCGUCAUCUUCUCCACAGUGACUUCUUUAUUGCGGCUGCAGCUGAAUAAUUCGACGUAACGACUUCAGGAGAAGCCGCGGUCAACGAAUAUGUAUUGUGCAUGUUUCAUAUUACCUUAUACAGAGAAUGUGACUUUGUUCUAUAAAUAGCGGUUCCAAAUG